AUGACCAGAGCAACAGAGCAGUCCAAGGGCCGAGCUCAGACGUCGGGUCUGCCUGUGCAGGCCAGGCCCUUGCUGACACUGGUGAGCCAGCCAGCAAGCAGCGGGGACAAGAAGCUGGCUCAGAGGGCCUGGGGCUCUGGCAAUGACGCUGGCCAGGCUGUCAGUCACCUCCAGGGCAGUCCCAGCUGUUACGCUCUGAGAGAAGCUGAGGCUUCAAUUGACCUGCUGGGUGCUCUUCUGCCCGUGAACCAAGUGAAGGCAGAGCCAAGCGCCAUGUGGUUGACUCCGUUGCUGCUGCUGCUGCUGCUGCUGCUGCUGUCGACGGCGCCGCGCCCGAGCCGGGCGGGGCCUCUCCAGAAGGCCCCAAUUUUCCAGCUCACUCACCAGGGCCCCUGGGGGAGCGGGGUCGGCAACGCCACGGUCUCGCCCUGCGAAGGGCUCCCCGCCGCGGGAGUCACGACCCUGACCCUCGCGAACCGCGGCCUAGAGCGCCUGCCGGGCUGCCUGCCGCGCGCGCUGCGCAGUCUCGACGGCAGCCACAACCUGCUGCACGCCUUGAGCGCGCCCGAGCUCGGUCACCUGCCGCGGCUGCAGGUGCUGACGCUGCGCCACAACCGCAUCGCCGCGCUGCGCUGGGGCCCUGGCGCGCCCGCGGGACUGCAGACGCUCGACCUCAGCUACAACCUGCUGGAAGCCCUGCCGCCGUGCUCCGGGCCCGUGCUGCCCGGCCUCCGAACGCUGGCGCUGGCCGGGAACCCGCUGCGGGCGCUGCAGACCGGAGCCUUUGCCUGCUUCCCCGCGCUGCGCCUGCUCAACCUGUCCUGCACCGCUCUGGGCCGCGGCGACCAUGCUGGCAUCGCCGACGCUGCCUUCACGGGGGCUGGUGGCGCGCCCCUGGCUGCGCUCGAGGUCCUGGAUCUCAGCGGCACGUUCCUCCGGCGCGUUCAGUCAGGAUGGAUCAGAGACCUGCCGAAGCUCACGUCCCUCUACCUAAGGAAGAUGCCCAGGCUGAACAGCCUGGAGGGGAACAUUUUCAAGGUGACCCCUGACCUGCAGCAGCUGGAUUGUCAAGAUUCGCCAGCACUUACCUCUGUCCAUACACACAUCUUUCAAGACACGCCUCUCCUACAGGUCCUUCAUUUCCAGAACUGCAACUUGAGUUCCUUCCCUCCUUGGAACCUGCAUUCCUCCCAGGUCCUGUCCAUCAACCUCUUUGGCAACCCUCUCACUUGCAGCUGUGAGUUGUCCUGGCUCCUCAUGGAUGCAAGGAGGAUUGUCCUAAGCAGGGCAGCAGACACUGUGUGCACACCAGCAGCAGGAUCCAGUGGCACCUUCUCAGCCCCUCUUUUGCUGUCCCAGCUGCCAAGUGUGUGCCAUUCGGACCAAAACACCACCUUCCUUGAUUCCAACCCACCCUCCUCAGUCUUCUCCACCCACACACCAUCUACACAGGGUCCCUCCACCCUGCGGAGCACAGCCCCCUCUACCCAAUCUGCGGGAGGCCGACAGAGUGUUACCAAGGUGCCCUCCCUCCCUGUGGAUCCCCCCACACGAGCGGCGGGGCCGCGGCACAGCCUUGCCGAGGACGGGGCCGUUCCCUCCACUACUGUCUCUCCAGCAGGUUCCAGCAACUCUAGCAACCCACCUAGGGCUGCGAGCACAGCCGGGACAGAGCACCAAGAAGAACAUGCUGCCCGGCUUGUCCUGGAACCUACUAUCUCAGCUGCCUCCACCCCAUGGGCCAGCAAACACCCGGGUCUCUCCCCUACCUCCCGGAACCCAGGGAGCACGCCUCAGCCCGCCCGGGGGACACGGGCCACCCCGCGGGCUCCCCACCCGCCUCCUUCCGAGGGCGGGAUUCCGGUCCUGCUGCUGGACGACUCCAGUGAGGAGGAGGAAGAGAGCGGGAAGGAGGAAGUGGGGGCGCCGGCCCGGGAUGAGCCCUGCGAUUACCACCCCUGCAGGCACCUCCAGACGCCGUGCGCAGAGCUGCAGCGGCGCUGGCGGUGCCGGUGCCCCGGCCUCAGCGGGGAAGACACCCUCCCGGACCCCCCCAGGCUGCAGGCGGUGGCCGAGACAACUGACACGUCGGCGCUAGUGCGCUGGUGCGCCCCCAACUCGGUGGUGCGCGCCUACCAGAUUCGCUACGCGCCCGAGGGCCGGCCGGGGAACCAGUCGGUGGUGUGGGACGUCUGCGCCACCGCGCGCCAGCACGCCCUGCACGGGCUGUCGCCGGCCACCACCUAUCGCGUAUGCGUCCUGGCGGCCAACGGCGCGGGCCUGAGCCGGCGCGGGGCGUGCGCCGCCUUCAGCACCGGGCGCAGCCCAGCGCUCGUCGUGGCCGGGCUGGGUGCUGCGGGCGGCCUACUGCUCGUCAGCACCGCGCUGCUGGCCGCUGGCCUCUGCCGCCGGGGCCGGACGCCACGCUCCCCGAACCGCCGCACGCAGCUGCUGGCCUACCGCAACCCCGCCUUCGCCGCCGAACCCGCGCCGCCGGCCCCGGCCUCGCUCCCGCGGGCGCGCGAUCGCUGAGCACCCGCCGCCUACGCGAGGAGAAGGCGGUACCCGGGUCCCGAACGGCCCGUCGGCCCCGAGCGUCUCUCCCUCGCGGGAGGCCCGGGCUCCUCGGGCACACGUGGCACUCCCCGCGCUGAGUUCCUCAUCCCCGGGAACCUCACUGCCUUCGCUUCCUGCUGCUUCUCUCUGUUCCCAGAAACGUGAUGGUUCACGCUGCCGGGCAUCCCUGUGUGUGGUUUUAUUGGGGUUUUUCAGCAGUCAGUGCCCUUCAGCGUCCGGUAGAAUAAAUAGAAUUGUGUGUGGAAGUAGGAAGAGAGAAAACAAAUGGCGCAAUGCGGCCGCUUUUCUCAUAUUGGAAACGACAUCCUCAAGUCAUUUCAGAGAAGUUCCUCAUGGUCAAGCUCUGGCUAAGGGUCCUGUUAUUCAAGGUAACGACUCCAGUGGAUUCUCAUCACCCGCUCCUCCCCACAGUGGAGUCUUAACCUGAGAACCGGUUAUGUUCCCUCAGGCCUUGCAGGUUCAUUAGUUCAUUUCAGGGUACAGCAGCAAGUGUGCUUCUAGCUUUAAACUGCAGUCUUCCGGGAACAUCUGUGAAACACGGGGAAGGCUGUCCUUUCAAACUCGGUUUUUGCUGCAUUUCACCUAGGACCAGGUGGGCAAAGGAUCUGUGAACUCCUUUUUUGAGGAAGCAUAAUAAUUAAUAAGCUCACUUUCAGGAAACUUUUUUUUUUUUUAAGAGAGAGAAGAAAUAAAAGGAAAACCUCAA